UUAUAUUGCUGCGAAUUCAGCAAACAUCAUUGCGCAAUCAUACGCAGGGAAAAUCAUUUUGGAUCGCACGUGGAAAACACAAGUAAAUCAAGAUGAAUUCUGGGAGGAGCCAGAAUGGUUCACGUCGGCGGCCGAUGCAGCAGAACUUGAGGAGAGCCCGCAAAGCAAUGAAGAAGAUGGUCCAGUUUGCUGAGGAUGAUCAUCAAGACAAUGAAGGGGUCUUGCCGUCAGAUGGGAGGAGCUUUAAAAAACAGAAAGGAGCGAAGCCGAGAAAACAGAGGAGGAAAGAAAUGAGAAUAAUGAAGAAGGCUAAAAAACAUGCUUUUUUGUCGGGAAAAAACCUGAAUGACAUCAGUGGGGAGAAGAAGGAGUCGACCAAGAAAACAAAGUCACCAAAGAAAGUUACUUCAAAGGAUUCAAAAACAGCUGAGAAGAAAGCGAAAAGAGAAGAGAAAAUAAAGAUGGAGAAAGAAGAGCAGAGAAAGCGUGAGCUCUUGGCAGCUAACGAGGAAGAGGAAAAAAACAUCAGACGUUUGGAGAAAGGCCUUAACUUCAGGAAGAAGAGGAAGACAAAAGAGAAGAUAACUCCAACAGCAUUCAAGGAGGAUGGCCUCGAUUACUUACUGGAUAUUGUGAAUCCCAAACUCUUAGAGGCAGCAAUGGAUGACGAGUUCAUGGACUUUGGAAAGAAUACAGAGGAUAGUCAGGAGGAGGAGGAGGAGGAUAGCGAGAACAAUGGAUUAGAGGAAGAUGGUGAUGGUUUAGAAGACGAUACACUGGAGGAUGGUCAACAAGAGGACAAUAAAGAGAGGAUUGCUAAGAGGAAAUCUUCUGAUCAGCAAUUGAAAUCUAGGAAAAAGUCAAGACUUUCAGAUGAAGAUGAUGAUGAGUUGGACUCAGAUGGAAGUGGAAUGGAGGAAGAUGUUCAUGACUUUGAUAGUGGUGAUGAUGAUGAUGAUGAGGGGGAAGAUGAUGAGGAAGAGGAGGAGGAGGAAGACAUUGCUGAUUCAGAUGAAGAUGAUAUGAGAAAGACAAUGUCAAUCAAAAUGGAUCCCUACGGUAAUGUGAUCGGCGAGAAGAAACCUGAGAAGACGUUAUCCUACAUUCCUCCUCAUAAACGAGCCGAGAUGAUGGGACAAUCAGUGGACGCUGAGAAACAAGCUAAGAUGGAUCGAUUGAGGAAACAACUCAAAGGAGCAAUAAAUAGGUUGAGUGAGAGCAAUGCCCUGUCCAUCUCCAACCAAAUAGAGGAGCUUUAUCACACCAACAGCCGCAAUGAUAUGAAUGAGAGUUUGAGCCGACUGAUUCAGGAUGCAUGUAUCAGUUACAGCAUGGCACCUGACAGACUGGUCAUGGAACAUGUUUUUCUGAUUGCUAUCCUACACUCAGUCAUCGGCAGUGAAGUGGGUGCCCAUGUACUGCAGUCCAUAGCGACUCGUUUUGAUAAGAUCCAUUCUGAUGAUGGUAACUAUGGUGAUAGCAAGGAACUAGACAACAUCAUUAUGCUCUUUAUUCAUCUUUAUAACUUUCAGAUUGUCCAUUGUGUGCUGAUAUAUGACCUGAUCAAGAAACUUGCUGAAAGCUUUACAGAGAGACACAUCGAAAUGCUUCUACAAAUCUUGAAAAGUGCAGGAGCCACACUCAGAAAAGAUGACCCGUCAUCCCUCAAGGAUAUCAUCCUUCUCAUUCAGAAUAAUGCCAGUCAGUGUCCAGAUGAACUCAAACAACAGUCUCGAGUGAAGUUUAUGCUUGAGACAAUUGGUGCGUUACGUAACAACAACCUACGUAGGAUCCCCAACUAUGACCCUACAAACCUUGAUAGACUGAGGAAACUACAUCGGAGCAUCAUCAAAGACAGAGGUGGCGAUGAUUCCACGCUUCGCAUCUCGCUCGCUGAUCUCAUCUUGGCUGAUGAAAGAGGGCGUUGGUGGAUUGUAGGAUCGGCUUGGAGCGGUCAUGGCCCUAAACAGAAUGUCAGUGACCAAUCUUCAGGAGGGCAGCUGGAUGAGAUUGUCGGCAAGAACCUAGAAAGCAGUAACAAGAUUAGUGAGUUGUCACGGCAACAGAGAAUGAAUACAGACAUCAGACGAACCAUCUUCAGUAUCAUCAUGACUGGGGAGGAUUAUACAGAUGCUUUUGAGAAGCUGGUGAGGCUGGGACAGAAAGGAGGUCGUGACCGGGAAGUAGUUCAUGUGACCCUAGAUUGCUGUCAGCAGGAGCGUUCUUACAACCCUUACUAUGCCUACGUCAGUGAUAAACUAUGCCAGUUUGACAGGAAAUUUAGGAUGGCAUUCCAGUUUGCUUUAUGGGACAAGAUUCGUAUGCUGGAAGAAUUGAGUCCUUCCGCCUCAAGAAACCUAGCUCUCCUCCUCUCUCAUCUCAUAUCAUGUAAAGCUCUUCCUCUCUCAGUAAUAAAGAUUGUAGAGUUUGCAGACAUGAACAAGCACACGGUGAGGUUCCUGAGUAGUCUUCUAACAGACUUACUUCUAGAGAAACAAGACAAUGCCAUCACGUCUAUCUUUGGAGGAGUUGCGUCGGUGGCCAAGCUACGAGUCUUGAGAGAAGGACUGGGACUCUUUAUGCAUCACUUCUUAUUGAAUACAAACAGGAAGGUGAAAGGAGGAGAGGAGGUGAUAGAGAAGUUAAAGAAGAAAAUCUUGAUUGCGGAAAGUGCUAUGCAAGGAGAAGACGGGCCAGUCAAAUUAUAAGCUGGUUUCAUGUUUAUUUAGUCGAACAUGGUCAGACUCCCUGGCAGACUUCAGCAGUAUGCAUGACACAUGUUGUAUCUUGACGUCCAGUAAAGAUGCUGUGAUGUUUGAGUCACAGAGAAGUUAUGGAUAAGUUAAAGAAGAAACUCUUUACUGCAGAAUGUGCUAUGCUAGGAGAAGACGGACCAGUCAAAUUAUAAGCUGGUUUCAUGUACAUUCAGUCUAACCCGGCCAGACUUCAUCAGCAGACUUCAGCAGUAUGCAUGACACAUGUUGUAUCUUGAGGUUCAGUAAAGAUGCUGUGAUGAUUUUAGCCACAGAGAAGUUACAGAGAAGUUAAAGAAGAAAAUAUUCACUGCAGAAUGUGCUACGCAAGGAGAAGACGGGCCAGUUAAAUUAUAAGCUGGUUUCAUGUACAGAACAUUCAGUCUAACCCAGCCAGACUCCCCAUAGACUUCAGCAGUAUGAACGCCAAAUGUGUAUAUUGACAUUUAGUCAAGAUGGUGUGAUGUUUGAAUCCUUGCACAAUGCUUGUGUCUCAAAACAUGGUUUGUAUCUACAGAUGGUUCUCACAACACAUGAGUAGUG